UGCCGGGCGCGGUUAGGCACGCAGCUGGCGGGAAGGGAGGGUGCAACGCUGGCGACAAACCCGGCUUCCAGGUUGUGAAAGUUCCCCUGUUGGGCUUGCUUAAAAUCAGUAAUUUAAAAAAAAAAAAACAAACCAACCACAACUUUAGAGCAGAUUUUGAAGCUUGACCAGUUCUAAGUUCAGUGGGUCGUACACCUGAAAAUACCAGCCUGUAUAUUGUUAAACUAGAAUAAUGCUCUGGAAAUUUCUGGUUCCGUAUUGCACAGCACGGAGCCACAUGACAAAUGGAGAUGGGCAGGGUCAUUUCCCACCAGAGCAUCUUCCUAUGUUGUCAACAAAAAAAAAAAAGAGGAGGUCAUGUGAAGAGAAUGUACCCGCUGCUGUAAUGGCUGGCGAAGCAGUAGAAUUCGGGGGCAGAAAGUUCGUCAAAUCGAUAAAAAACUUUUCCCAUAAGAAAUUUCUGCCUGACAAUAGCAGGAAGUUAUCCUUUGUCGUCUCUCUUCUGUUCCCACAGCUCCUCUUUUUAAACAAAAAAACCUGCUCAGAGUACAAAAUCUGCUGUUACUGAUCUUACAGUAUUUCCGAUGCGUGUUUUGAAUAUUUAUGAUCUCAGGUAGGAGUCAGGGAUGCGUAAUCAAAAUAGAAUCGAUCGUUUGCUGCAUAGCUUCCUAUACUUCAGAACUCCCUGCCGUGAGCUCACCAGCUCCUAGCAGUAACAAAAGGGGGUAUAGCACAGGCACAAUAAGCCAAGGCCGAGGCACGCAGUGGAUUAAAGCUUUAUGCUGCAGCAUGGUUUGUACGGUCGCGUUGCCGAUACUGCAGUCUGUUCCCCGAGGCUUCCGUUGGAAUACAGUUUUAGCCUGGACAGUGACUCGGUGUUGCAUAUGGGUUGAAAUUCUAUGUUGUGCUUCUAAAUACAACACAGUAACUUUUAAAAACAAUUUUCUUGUUUCAUAUAGCUGUAUUACCAAGUCUUAAAUUUUGCUAUGAUAGUGUCUUCUGCCCUUAUGAUAUGGAAAGGGCUGAUCGUCGUCACCGGGAGUGAAAGCCCUAUUGUUGUGGUGCUCAGUGGCAGCAUGGAACCAGCUUUUCACAGGGGAGACCUGUUGUUCUUAACAAACUUCCAUGAUGACCCAAUCAGAGCUGGUGAAAUAGUUGUUUUUAAAGUUGAAGGCAGAGACAUUCCAAUAGUUCACAGAGUAAUCAAAAUACAUGAAAAAGAAAAUGGGAACAUCAAAUUUCUGACUAAAGGUGAUAAUAAUGAAGUUGAUGAUAGAGGCUUGUACAAAGAAGGUCAGAACUGGUUAGAGAAAAAAGAUGUUGUUGGAAGAGCAAGAGGAUUUUUGCCUUAUGUUGGUAUGGUAACUAUAAUAAUGAACGACUAUCCAAAAUUUAAGUACGCUCUUCUGGCAGUAAUGGGAGCAUAUGUACUGCUGAAACGGGAAUCCUAAAACCAAAAGUCACUUUUCCAAGAGCAAAGUACGAAGUUAAAUAUACGGGGGAAAAAGACCUAAUAUAUUUCAGAUGUUUUCAUUUCUGUGAACAGUCACAAAACUGUGCAAGCUUUUGUCUUGUCUAAAUAAACUGUACAACGAACGAGAAAAGCUUUGGCUGUUGGUUAAUUAUGUAAUGGCAUAUUUACUGCCUUAAGUAGAUGCUGCUUUCGGUUCGCCUUUUGCUUGUCUGGAAGACACCGACUGUCAGGUGCUGAAGCGGCUUAUGGCUGCGUUGCUUCUCCAAAGUGGCACUGCAUCGGGACCCACUUUCUCCCUCCUGUUUGUUUGGGUUUUUUUCCGUGAUUAUUUCUGUUCUCUGUCAGCACCCUCUCUUUCCACAACCGUACAAAUUGUUUUUACCAGCACCUGUAAGGACACGGCACACAGCUGUAGGAGUUCAGUCAGGCUUAUGCCUAGAGAAAGCUGUCUGGAACGGCUGGCACGAACAGACCAGAAAGGGUCUCUGAUGAAGAAAUGAGGAGUGGAAACGUGGAGCUUCUUCCCUGAAUUUGAAACUCGUUCCUUUGCGUUGUAGGGACAAAAAACCCCGAUGGCCUGAUUUUCAGAGGCCUAGUUUUUAGGGUCUGUGUGUGUUUCUAGAAUUCAGGCUGCUGACUGUUCUGCCUUUAUGCUCCUGGCUAUAAAGCAGAUGGAACAGAAGGAUUUGAUGGGGCCUUAUUAACACUGGUGAAUUAUGGGGUGAAUGGCGCAGCAGUGUACUUCGGUCAUGUUACCAGUAGGGUAAGACAUAACUCGUAUUCCACUUUUGGGAAUGUAUUGUUCUCUUCUACCAUGAGAUACCUGAAGAGUGUUAAACAUAAAAUGGGUUUUUCAUUUUUCAGACCUACCUGAUAACUGUCAUAUGUGAAACUGGAUUUUUUUCUUUUUGGCUUCAAAUGUCAAUAUUGGGCCUUCAACAAAGCAAAACUUGUUUUCCUCGUUUGCUUUGGUUUUGUAGCUUUGAUAAGGAACAGCGUGAUGCUUUUUUCCUAUGGAGUUUUGUUUCUUCUGUAAUCCCUUACCUCUACAGAAAUACACCAUUAUGCAAUAACAGCGCCUCUCCUCUUGUAACUGCUAGUGCUGAAAGGCAGGCAACUGCUGAAUCUUUCCAAGUAAUAUUGCUGCUUUUGUGUUCUGCUAAGCAGUUUUCAUGACAAACUGCAUUAUAAACAUGACUUAUUUUGUAUCCAAUUGUGUAGAAAUAAAAUGGAGUAUAAUA